UUCGAUUGGCAUUUAGCUGCAGGUGUAACACGUCAAUUUUUUGGUGACAAAGUUUAUGUUGUAUUCCUGAGUCUUGUAAGGUUUUAAUAGCUAGUUGUGAUUAAGGGAAACUUAGUGCAAUGGGAUUAACAAUAUCAAGUUUACUGACGCGGCUUUUUGGCAAAAAACAAAUGCGCAUACUAAUGGUUGGUCUGGAUGCAGCUGGAAAAACAACCAUACUCUACAAAUUAAAGCUGGGUGAAAUUGUAACAACAAUUCCAACUAUCGGUUUCAACGUGGAGACCGUCGAGUACAAAAAUAUUUGUUUCACGGUGUGGGAUGUUGGCGGUCAAGACAAAAUUCGACCGCUAUGGCGUCAUUACUUCCAAAACACACAGGGGCUUAUUUUUGUUGUCGACUCUAAUGACCGUGAUCGAAUCAAUGAGGCUGAAAAAGAACUUCAAAAUAUGCUCCAAGAGGAUGAGUUGAGGGAUGCUGUGCUGUUGGUUUUUGCUAACAAACAAGAUCUUCCGAAUGCCAUGAGUGCUGCCGAGUUAACAGACAAGUUGCAUUUAAAUCAAUUAAGAAACCGACAUUGGUUUAUUCAGUCGACUUGCGCUACCCAGGGUCACGGCUUGUACGAGGGACUUGAUUGGCUAUCAGCUGAACUGGCCAAAAAAUGAGUAUUUAUCAAAACGUCAAUGUUAUCCGACCAAACGCAAAGAAAAAAAAUAAGAAAUUAAAUAAUCAUUAGAUUUUAAAUAAAUACAUGUGUGUAAAUUAA